UUCAACAAUGUCGCUUGAAGAAAUCUCUCCUGAGUUUGUCUCAUCCUCACUGAAUAACUAUUCAAAACAGCCAUCAACAAAUUUAAAGUAAGACUUAUUUUGAAACAAGUUUUCUUUAAGAAAAAAAUUUUCUUAAAUCAACAAGGUUUGCAUCGCAUUCCAGACAAUACAGUAAUACCAAACGAAAAAAAUUAAUUAUUAUCAGUAUUAUUACUCUACUGAUUUUGGUAAUAAUUAUUUUGAUAGUUAUGAUGAUUGUUGUUUGGAAUUCACAGAAUACAACAGAUAAAUCAACAUCAUCAAUAACAGCUAACAAUAUCAAUUCAUAUUCUAGUAAGAAUAUUACUUGCUUAACAUGUUAUAAAAGAUAAGAGAGAAUAUUUCAUCCGAUCAAUAUAGUUGAAACUGUGAGAAAAUUGUUCUAUAUUGGACAAAUACGUUCUAUAAAUAACAUAGGAGUUCAUUGAUUUAAUUGAUAAAUGUUUAGGUACAACAAUAUCAAUGAUCUUUGAUGUUGGUAAUGGUGGAGCUAGUGGUGAUCCACCUUGUUCAUCAUACACAGUUGUCAACGAUCCUAUGCGCAAUAUAGCAACAUCUGGAACAGGUGGUACAUGCGAUAAGGGUCCCUUAUUCAAUACAAGUAUUGGCGGUAGAUGGAUUCGAUUUAUGGGUAUAGGAGGUACCAUCAUACCUCUGAUAUCACCAGGAGUAAAUCAUUGUGGUGCUUUUCUAGUAGGAUGGUUUAAUGGAACAUUACCAUCAAUAAUAGAAACAAUAGUUGGAGGAUACAAUUCAAUUGUUUAG